GUGGCAUGUUUCGUUUAUUACAUACUAAUGAGUAAGCGCCGCAUCUGACUGACAUAGGAGGCCACGUCCUGCCUAACGAAGCAAAGAGGAAGAAGCAGUUGCUUUGGCUAAACAAAAUUUCCAGGUGAAUAACAAAAGACGCAUUUGAUGCGUGGCUUUUGUUUGUGCGUGCAACGACCUUGUUCCGCGCUGCAACGCUUUAGCGGCCCGCGAGGCAAAAUUGAUUACGUGGAUUGUUGAUAAAUAAGCGGCGCAACUUUGUACUGGUGGUGGUACCGCAAAAAAGGACGAAAUGUCUUCCCCGAUAAGUUCGUCAUCCGAGUACAACAGUGCCCUAGAUCAAACAUUCAACUCUACGUUGGGUUCCGACCAGCUGAACCUCUCCGACAUGAGCAGCAGUGAUAUCGAAAAUGUGAAUCUUGCGGGUGACUGGAACGAAACGCUGCUAGGGAAGCAGAAGCAGAAAAACGUCAAAAAGGCCACCCAUCAGCUACUGGACAGUCUGCGCAACAACAAUAUGGAUCAGCCCGGUGAAACGGUCGGCGAUGCAAGCACCCUUAACAGUACGGCUAGCACGCUUAGCCUUGACCUAAGUGCAGCCGGCGAGCUGUCGGAUACGAUGAACAACAUCACCCUAUCGUAUGUGAGCUCCUCGGAGGAGGAUGCUUUGACGGCCAGCACACCCCGGGCACCGGAUGUUUCCGUGAACAUGUCACUGUCCGAGACGUCGACGACGAACUCACAGGAGGAGAAGGAUUCCCGCGAUACCACCGCGAACGUGUCCCAGCUCCCAGCGGAGAGUGGCAGCGACUCGGCCAUCCCGCUGUAUGCCACGCUCGAGGAGUUCGAUCGGAAUCUACCCGAGACGGUCACGCUGCUGACGAAACCGGACGGGACGAAGGUAUAUCUGGUCGGGACGGCGCACUUUAGCGAGAGCUCCCAACGGGACGUUGCGCUUGUGAUGCGGAACGUGCGCCCGCAGGUGGUCAUGCUGGAGCUGUGUCCGUCCCGCGUGCACAUCCUCAAGUACGACGAGAAAACACUCCUGGAGGAAGCGAAGGAUAUGAAUCUGGCCAAAAUGCGUGCCAUCAUCCGCACGAAUGGGACAAUCAACGGGCUGUUUUACGUGCUGCUGCUCAACAUGAACGCAAAGUUCACGAAGAAGCUCGGCAUGGCACCGGGCGGCGAGUUCCGGUGCGCUGUGAAGGAAGCACAGCAAAUCCCGAACUGCGUGAUACAGCUCGGCGAUCGACAGAUCAAGGUGACAUUGCAUCGUGCCCUGCGCGGUCUGUCACUGUGGCAGACGAUCAAGCUGAUACCGAAGCUGCUGUUCAUGGAUGACGACAUCAGCGUGGAGGAGGUGGAGCAGUGUAAGCGCAAGGACCUGCUGGAAGAGAUCAUGCUCGAGAUGGCGGACGAGUUUCCUGCGUUCGGGCGGGUGUUCAUCGACGAGCGGGACCUGUACUUGUGCCACUCGUUGCAGAUGGCGGCUUUGCCGCAGAUAAAUCGCUUAGACGGAAGCCUCGAGCCUGUGAACGUUGUUGGUGUGGUUGGCAUUGGGCAUGCGGCCGGAAUCGCCAAGCACUGGGGCAAGGUGGACGCGAGUAGCAUCGAGUCGAUCGUCACCAUUCCACCGGCCAGCCUGGGCCAUCGGGUGUUGAAGUAUACCUUCAAGUACGGCCUGCUGGGACUUGCCGCUUACGGUGUGUUCCGGUUUGCACGACCGCGUUUGUCCCGCCUGUUGCUUUGAUUGCACUUGGUCGUUGUCGUUUACGGUAGUUAAUUCUUCGAAAUUGAUCGGUGGCUGUUCUAGAGAGUUACUUGCCACGGUGGUCGGUGCGUAGGAUAGAGACACUGCUCACGAAGGGGCUGGUUUUAUCGCGGCUUGGAACAAACCAACCCUUACGGUAGAACCAAACAUCCUUUCCUGCUGAGGGAGAGAAUCAAAAUAUACAUCAUAAUCAAGCGUACGUUACAUACUAGUGGUGGGUGCAGGGAACAUUAGAUUUUAUUUUCUUUUCGCUACAAGCACGGAACUGCAUGGUUUACUACCAUUCCAGAGAAUUUUUCCACACCAGAACGAAGCACAAUCCGACACGGGUCUCCGCGGAGAAACAAAUGGCUAGUAAAAAUAAUAAAAAGUCUCAGUUCGCCGUGCAAGGGCGA